AUCUAACGUUAAAUACCUGGAAGAAUAGUUCCUGGUCAAAUAUCAAGUAGUUUACAGUUUACAGUUCGAGUGGACUUACUGCCUUACAUGUUUAGAAUAAAUUCAGACAUGUGUAGUUGGUGAACAUAGAGGCCGGGUGUCAUAUAUAGAACACAUGGAGGAGGAGUUAUAAUAAAGCGUUAUAACGGAAGCGUCCUUCAGCCGCGGGUUCUGGUCCGAUGACAGAUCCUUCCCACGGUAACACAGCGGACAUGGCCGCGUCCACCGGAGGAUCAUCCACCGCGGGCAUCCAGGGGUUCCCCAUCAUAACCGGCAGGCCCCCGGAGGAAAGCACCGGUAAGGACACGGAGCAGACCGGAGAACCGAAGAAAAAGCCGUGCAGGGCUUGUACUGACUUCAAGUCGUGGAUGAAGGUCCAGAAAACGCCACAGACCCCAGCAGCAGCGCCACAGGAGGCCCCAGCUGAGCAUGUGGAGCCCCAGCGGCAGCCGGAGUGUCCGCUGGACAGGGAAGAGUUAGGGCGUAACACCUGGUCCUUCCUGCACACCAUGGCAGCGUACUACCCUGACCGGCCCUCCCCCAGACAGCAGACAGACAUGGGACAGUUCAUCAACCUCUUCUCUAAGGUCUUCCCCUGCGAGGAGUGUGCUGAGGACCUGCGGACAAGGUCAGGGGUUUUAGAGGUUAUGUGUGUCGCGUCGGCUGGUGUUGAGAGAGUUGUAUAAUUGGUUCUAGUGGGU